CGAUAACGACGCACCGGCGAUGACGCAGGUCCAAGAUGGCGGCGCAGGUAGAGUUGUGUUGUUUGGAGAGUUUUCCCUCGCACCUGAGCCCUCUGGAUGUUUUGAUAUUAAAAUGUCACCUGGAUUCAGUUUUCCAGAAUGACAACGACCCUCCGACCGUCCUCUUCACCCCGCAGCGGCCUCAGCGCUCCGGGAGGCCGGGCAUUUUACUGCGCGUUCACCCGACCACCGAGGAGGAGACUGCGGACUGCGGAGGAGGAAACUCCCCCAGAGCCGAGUCCGGGAGCCGGGUCCGGCUGUUCACCAGCCGCCACUUCCUGCGGCACCACGGGCUCCAGCGGCUCGGCAGCACGGGGACUGUCCGGGCUCUGGAGCCGGUCAGCCUGGACAGAGUGGUGCUCGGAGCCCGCAGCAGGCAGAGCCUCCGCUGGGCCGGAGCUGAGCGGUUCUCCGGCGGGCUGCUGGAGCUCUGCCGCCCGGGACAGUGGCUGCUGGCCCGGCAGGGAGACCCGCUGCUGCUUCCCCCACACCCGCUGCUGGGAGACGACCCGGGACAGGAGCUGCUGGUUUUGGACUGCAGUCCUGUAGCGCAGGGACGGAUCACAGCCGACACGUCUCUGGUUCUGACAGACUGCUGGGACUCGGCGGACCCCCCGGGCGCCCCCCCGCCCUGCCGCCCGCUCAGGCUGUGCGUGUCGGACUUCGCUCAUUACGCCGACGGCCUCGGAGGGGGGCGAUCUCUUCUGGACAACAGGAAGCUGCUGGGCUCGGGGUUCUCGGGCGUCCUGCGGGCGCUGGAGUGCAGGGUGGACGUCCGCGUGGGGGACGCUCGGAGACGGCUCGGGGUCGGAGGUCGGCGGGGCGCCGUGGACCCGGACAGCUGCGUGUUGGUGAGCAAGCAGCUGCUUCUCAGGCUGGGGCUGUUUAACCAGGAGUGGGUGAAGCUGUCCAGGCCCGGCGGGUCCUCCAGACCGCCUGCGGGCCAGACCGAGGUCAGGGGGGGCGUCUGCAGAGAGCGGCUGGUCUCCGUGCUGGUGGCGGAUUUAAGGCAGAGUCCAGACCUGAACCAGAACCACGAUGAAGUCGGUUUCAUAUCAGCAACUCUGUGGUUCAACAUGACGGAAGGAGAAGAAAUCCCCGAGAACAGCUGCACACUGAGGCUGAAGAGGUGGAGGCCGUCUCCUCCGGCGGACGGCGGCCGGCGCUCGGACAGUUUCUGCCGCUCAGCUUCUCCACCGUUCGCCAGCGAGCUUCACAUCCAGCCGGUGGUGUCUCCGCUGUGCAGCGACCUCCGCUGCUACGACGCGCUGCUGUCCGAACACUUCCGGACGCCCAGGCUGGUCUCGCAGGGCGACAUCCUGACGGUUCCAGCUGAAAACCAUCCAGACCUGCUGGAGAACAGUUCAGACGGGAUACACAGGUGUCCAGUGCUGUUCUUCAGAGUGCAGGCGGUGUGUCCGUCUGCAGAGGGAGGAGGAGGAGGAGGAGAAGAAGAAGCAGGAGGAGCUCACCUGGCCGACAGACUGCACACCUCACUCUACAUGCGAGCGUCCACCAACAGCCCCGUCCCCUGCUGCUCUGUGGAGGGAGCGUCUCUGUGGAGCGGUCUGUCUCCACCAGGCCUCCACAAGACCGUCGACCUCAUCAGCAGCAUCGUCCUCCCACACCUGCACCACAGCAGCUCUCUGUCCGGUUGCACCGUCCUGCUUCACGGCGCCGCAGGAAGUGGGAAGGUGACAGCGGUCAGCGCGGCGAGUCGCAGACUGAACCUCCACCUGCUGAAGGUGGACUGUGUGAGUGUGUGCGCUGACACUCCUGCAGCCUCGGAGGCGAAGCUGACCUCGGUGUUUCAGCGGGCCGACGCCCUGCAGCCCUGCAUCCUGCUGCUCAGGAACCUGCAGCUCCUGCUCAAACCUCGAGGUGGCGCCGAGGAGGACGGCAGGGUCCCGGCCGCGCUCUGCCAGCUGCUCCACAGCGCCCCCACCAGUGUGGUGGUGGUGGCGACGGUCUGCAGACCUCGGGAUCUGUCUGCAGGUGUCGUGGCGGCGUUUGUCCACCAGGUGGCGAUGGAGAGCCCCACUGAGGAGCAGCGGCGCUCCAUGCUGGUCAGCCUGAGCCGAGACCUUCACCUGGGGAGGGACGUCAACCUGGAGAGACUCUCCAAACUCACUGCAGGUUUUGUGUUGGGGGAUCUGAGUGCUCUGCUGGUUGAGGCGGGUCGAGCCGCCUGCAGGAGGCUGAUUCACACCUGUGCUGGCCGGCAGGAGGAGGAUCUGUGCUCCAGCGGAGUGACCAUCAUGAACCAGGACUUCACCUCCGCCCUGGAGACCCUGCAGGACGCCCAGUCCAAGGCCAUCGGAGCCCCCAAGAUCCCCGCUGUGCGUUGGGAGGAUGUUGGAGGUCUGCAGCAGGUGAAGAAAGAGAUCCUGGACACAGUUCAGCUUCCUCUGCAGCGUCCAGAGCUCCUGUCUCUGGGUCUGAACCGGACCGGAGUCCUGCUGUACGGACCACCAGGAACGGGGAAAACUCUGCUGGCCAAAGCCGUGGCUACUGAGUGCUCCAUGACCUUCCUCAGUGUUAAAGGUCCAGAGCUCAUCAACAUGUACGUGGGUCAGAGUGAGGAGAACAUCAGAGAAGUGUUCUGCAGAGCGCGCUCAGCAGCUCCCUGUGUCGUCUUCUUUGACGAGCUGGACUCUCUGGCUCCCAGCAGGGGGCGCAGCGGAGACUCAGGAGGGGUGAUGGACAGGGUCGUGUCCCAGCUGCUGGCCGAGCUCGACGCUCUGCACUCGUCUGUCGGGGUUUUUGUGAUCGGAGCCACAAACCGUCCAGACCUGCUGGACCAAUCACUGCUGAGGCCCGGCAGGUUUGAUAAGCUGGUCUACGUUGGAAUGAGCGAGGACCGAGUCUCUCAGCUGCAGGUUCUGCAGGCCAUCCUCAGAAAGUUCCAGCUGGACUCCGCCGUGGACCUGCAGGAGGUGCUGGACCGCUGCCCCGCUCACAUGACCGGCGCUGACCUGUACGCGCUCUGUUCGGACGCCAUGACGGCCGCCAUCAAGAGGAAGAUCUCGCUCAUCGACGACGGUCUGGACUCGGAGGACUCUCCCGUCCUCGUCUCCGUUGAGGAUUUCUCUGCGGCGCUGGAAAACUUCAGGCCGUCUGUUUCCGACCAGGAGCUGCUGCGAUACCGAAACAUUCAACAGAAACUCUCUGCGAAGUAGGAACUGACGGGCGCCGCUGAUGUUCGCAGGACUCGGACGAAGGUCUGAUCGUCUGCUUUAAAGUUCCAGCUCUGAAAAAUCAGCAGUGUAAACAGACUGUAGAUGUAAAUGAUGUAAACAAGUUGAUUUAUAAUUUUGUGACAUGUAAUUAAUAAAUACAGAAGUUCAGACAGA